GAACUCAAACUGGACACAAACACAGCAAACAGAAACCUCGUCCUGUCUGAGGACAACAGGAAGGUGACAGCAGGGAGAGAAGAGCAGCCAUAUCCUGAUCACCCAGAGAGGUUUGACACCUGGAGACAGAUCCUGUGUAGAGAUGGUCUGACUGGUCGCUGCUACUGGGAGGUCGAGUGGGAAGGAAGGGUUUCAGUGGCAGUGACUUACAGAGGAAUCAACAGGAAAGGAAACAGUGAUGACUGUUGGCUUGGCAGGAAUGACAAGUCCUGGAAUCUGGACUGCUCUGAUGGUGGUUUCAUUGCCAAGCACAAUAACAGAGGAACAGACAUCCCUGCCCCCUCCUCCUCUAACAGAGUGGCAGUGUAUCUGGACUGGCCUGCUGGCUCUCUGUCCUUCUACAGCGUCUCCUCUGACACACUGAUCCACCUCCACACCUUCAACACCACCUUCACUGAGCCUCUGUACCCGGGGUUUGAGCUCUGGUUAUAUGACUCCUCAGUGUCUCUGUGUGAAUUUGUGGAGUGAGAGUCACCUCCUGUGUGGGGAAACACACACACACACACACACACACACCCCACAUGCAGGGAAAUGGUGUCCUGUUGGCAGCAGCAUCACCUGAGCCUCCACCAUGUGAUUUAUCUGCUGCUCCUUGUGGCCUGGUACAUGUCGCUGAAACAUCUACAAAGUUCAAACAGUGAAGCAGUGAACACAAAAGUAGCGUCUGGACGAAUGACAGGAAGAUCCAGUAGCUGUCCACCUCAGUGACCUCAGUCAUAUUUCUAGUCUAGGUUUCAUUGGCAUAGAACAGGUCAGUCUGCCACCUAGAGGCCAAAA